AUGCUGACCUACAACAUGCUGACCUACAACAUGCUGACCUACAACAUGCUGACCUACAACAUGCUGAUUUACAACAUGCUGACCUACAACAUGCUGACCUACAACAUGCUGACCUACAACAUGCUGACCUACAACAUGCUGACCUACAACAUGCUGAUUUACAACAUGCUGACCUACAACAUGCUGACCUACAACAUGCUGACCUACAACAUGCUGACCUACAUCAUGCUGACCUACAACAUGCUGACCUACAACAUGCUGACCUACAACAUGCUGAUUUACAACAUGCUGACCUACAACAUGCUAACCUACAACAUGCUGACCUACAACAUGCUGACCUACAUCAUGCUGACCUACAACAUGCUGACCUACAACAUGCUGACCUACAACAUGCUGACCUACAUGCUGACCUACAACAUGCUGACCUACAACAUGCUGACCUACAUCAUGCUGACCUACAACAUGCUGACCUACAACAUGCUGACCUACAACAUGCUGAUUUACAACAUGCUGACCUACAACAUGCUGACCUACAACAUGCUGACCUACAACAUGCUGACCUACAUCAUGCUGACCUACAACAUGCUGACCUACAACAUGCUGACCUACAUCAUGCUGACCUACAUGCUGACCUACAACAUGCUGACCUACAACAUGCUGACCUACAUCAUGCUGACCUACAACAUGCUGACCUACAACAUGCUGACCUACAACAUGCUGACCUACAACAAGCUGACCUACAACAUGCUGACCUACAACAUGCUGACCUACAACAUGCUGACCUACAUCAUGCUGACCUACAACAAGCUGACCUACAACAUGCUGACCUACAACAUGCUGACCUACAACAUGCUGACCUACAACAUGCUGACCUACAACAUGCUGAUUUACAACAUGCUGACCUACAUCAUGCUGACCUACAACAUGCUGACCUACAACAAGCUGACCUACAACAUGCUGACCUACAACAUGCUGACCUACAACAUGCUGACCUACAACAUGCUGACCUACAACAAGCUGACCUACAACAUGCUGACCUACAACAAGCUGACCUACAACAUGCUGACCUACAACAUGCUGACCUACAACAAACUGUUAGAAUGA